AUGAGGGUUCUAAAUCUAAACUUCUUCUCUUGCGCCGUCAAGACCUGCAAGGUCUCCAACCAAUCCUUCCCCCUCCAUCCCAAGGACGCCGAACUCGCCCAGGACGAUGAUGCCAAGUACAGGCCCGAGAUCCUCGUCGGCCUUCUUCCCCGACUUGACUGGGCUGCCUUGAGGACUACAUGCACCGAGCUGGGGUUCCCCGAGCUUCCUGAAAACCCUCCAACCGUAGAGGCGCUCCAGGCCGAUGAAAAGCUUGCAGCUGACCUGCACCGCUUGCUUAUGGAGACUCAUAUCGUUGAGGGCAAGUUGACAUGCGGGAGCUGUGGGCGGGAGUAUCCCAUUCGAGAAGGGAUUCCCAAUUUCUUACUCCCAAGUCACUUGGUGUAA